CAGGGGAAACCUGUUCUAGCUUUAAGCCAGCUACUUCUUGAUUUGGUAAGUAAUAAGACACUCCUUAAAAGAAAAAACACAAUCCAGUCAAGAGCGUUUAAUUCCAAUGGAAAGAAGGACGAAAAUGUUGAGUCUAAGCUUCAUUUCGUAUCUGAAACGCGCCGAGAAAAGUUUAGGAAAAUCUUUUUCGGUGUUAAUUGUUCUUCAGGGAGAAUUAUAGAAAAGAAAACGAUAUGAAAUAAUUGUGUUAUUAAUAUGUAUAUAAAUGAUAAUUAUGCACCAAGGCUACAGAUAGGAUACACUAGUAAAAUCAGGCUGGCCGUGCUGACAAACGUAUUUCAGUAACUGAUGCCACAUUACUAUAGACAACAGAUCAUCGUUUAUUUUUUAUUUCAUUGCACCAAAGUUUUAUUUUGUGCGAAUUAAAAAAAUAGCAGUUUUGCGAUUAUUUUGUAAAUAGACGACCGACAUUUAUUGCAAAACAGCCUAUUUUGCAUAUCACGGAGCUCCUAAACGACAAAACUACGACCGUGAAUAUUCAAUACCUUUUUAACGAUAUCUCUGUGAAACUACCGGUAUUCAAUCAGAUAACUCGCUUUUGAAAUAAUCACCGUUUCCAUCAAAAUAAGAGAAGAUACAUGGCUGUAUUCUGCCUGCGGUGAGAAUUACCGCAAUUGCCAGAAAGCUACAGCUAUCUUUACUCAACGACAACUCGCCUUCCAACCACAACCAAUUAGUUUUCUCCAAAAUUAAAAUAUAUAAACUCCUUUAAUUUUACUUGCUUUUUCGUCAUUGCCAAAAAUAUUUGCUGGCUACUCCCUUAAAUGCCGUUAGCAAUGAAUGAAAGCAGCCCGCGGAAUACAAUUAAGAUUAUCUAUUCAAUAGAGUAUGACAGCACAUGGUAACUGAGAAUGAUUUAUAAUGGCCAGUUGAGCUAGCCGUCACUUACUCAGUGUCAUUCAAAGGAACACCUAAAAGAAGGAGGAAUAAUUGGUGUUUAGAGCUCUUCCUCUAAACAUUAAGUCUUCUUUGUCUUAAUUUCCCUUCACCAGAACAGCUUACUGCUCACCGCUGCAACCAAAAUGGUUGUGGUAGAAAAAAAACUUGUGUGUAAAUUAGUGCCAAGAUAUUUUCCGCCGUAAGGCUAUUAAUUUAGGCGAUCUAAAGACGCGAAAGCCCACGUUUAAAACUCUGAUAGCACGACACAGAAAUUGCUCCCUUGAACCGUUCAAUGAAUAAAUCAAAGUAAAUUCGAGGGACUGAGAAAACAGCCAUUAAUUUAAAUGCUUCCACGCGCAAUUUGUCAUAUUGUUUUUUUUCCCUCAUUUGCCUUGAAAAAACUCCAUGUAGUCUUUUGGUGUUUGUGUGUCCUUCUUUUAACACGGCCCUCCUUUACCAAAACCGUGGUGUGACGCUGUUUUUGUUAGUCUGCUUUUUUAAAAACCAAGGUGAUAUUAUUGAAGAAUGCGUUUUAAGGGGGAAUUACAAAGACUUUCCUUUGUUUACUUCCACCGUUCUCUCUUUGUUCAAACAGUGGUGACAACUGCCAUACAUUGUGAAUAAUGUCCCCAGGCCUAUGUUUGUAAGGCUACUUUAUUGUGAUUGGUCGAAUAGUGGCAGCUGGAGAUCACUUCAUAAUCACUGUAAUUUGCAUUUUCGUAGGUUGGGAGGCUAGCUAUAGAUGCAGUACGCAACACUCGCCGGUGAUUUUCAAAGGAAAAAGUUCCUUCUGGCACGCGAAAUUUUAAAGAUGACACACUUCUUUGCUACGUGAUCUGCAAAGUAAACAAUGCAAGUUGACUUACAUAGGUAAGAAGAAAUAGAAGAUGCUCGAUGGAACACUUUGGUCAAAACAAUCACCCCAGAGACUAUGUUGAUUUUGCGAGGAUCACCAAAAUUGGUUUUUGCAUAAAACUCCAUUGUAUCGAAGAAUAUGGAGAAGACUUCCAAGCAUCUUCAGUCACAAUACCAUUUUUUAAAGAUCUACUCCGCAGAUGGAUUUGCUCUGAUGUCGAAUCGCUGGUAGACGAGCGAAAUGCAAAAGUUUCAUUAAAAGCGGUGGAAAGCUUCUCAUUGUCAUGAAUUCAUCUAGCACCUGCUAUCGCAUUUGAAGUCAAAUUAAAUUUACAGUCAUUGCGAUUUUAGUUCUAUUCUUUUGAUCUUGCAGUUUCUCGAGGACUAUCCUGUGUCGAAGCCAAUGCGAUAAUUGCAAAAAGACGAUUCGUUUUUGGGGAGUGCGCUGCCAGGAUUGCAGGUCAGUAAAAAAACUCAGUGCUACUAAGUCUACCAUGAAUAGUAAUGUACAAACAGAGCAGGAUAGACUUGACAAUCUACGCUUUUUCAAAAAAAUCAAAUCGCUAACACAGACUCGAUAUGUUUUGAUCAAAAGGUUGAAAUAUCACAAAAAAUGCUCCAGUGACCUUCUGGCAACGGACUGUGAUCUUCGAUGCCACAAAGUUGAAGCGGGUAAGAAAAAGACAAAAUAUAACUUUUAAGGUGCAAUUAAUAUUUAUUUUACUCUUAAAUUCCUUUCCAUUUUGGGUUGUAAAGUAACUCAUUACACAAUUUUUUCAUUAUUUUGUAGCGUAAUUAACUUGAUUUUUUUGCCUUUUUUGGUCCUUUGAAGGAAAAACGAGAACCAGGCAUUUCUGGCGCAAAGGGCAAAAACCUGGUGGAAACUUGCCACGGCACCAAGCAAAUUUGCAACAUUUUGUUAGAAAAAGGACGGAAUCAACUCUCGUAACUCUAAACGCAAAAGGAAGAAUACGACAAAAACUUAUAAAUGGUCUGUAUGAGUCAUUUUGCUACAGUCCUAGACAGGCUCUGGAGUUUAAACCUAAAGAGGCGGAAGAAUUUCGAGCUUCAAGACAGCUAACACUAUCUGUAGAAAGACAUCCUACGCCUGAAAAAUCGUAUCCAUCUCAUGUUUGUGAAAAUUUAACCACCAUAGAUGAACCAAUUAUUGGAUCUCCUCGAUCAACGUACAGUGAAAAUUACUUGGGAAGUUCCAUUUGGCCUAGAACAAACUCGUGGUCUACUUCAGCAAGCUGCUCAUAUUCCUCGGGAUAUUCUUCGGCAAACACAUCUUGCCCUUCUUCGGCUAAUUCACACCGAAGCAAUUCGCCAACUCCGGACUUUUCUGAUAUCAAGCUUUUAACUACUUUAGAGCAGUACAGCGCGGCCCGGGAGAAUACCUAUUCAGGGGAUAGAGAUUUGGGAACACUUACUGAACAGGAUGAUUUCAUCGACGAAUUUUUAGUGGAACCUUACGAAAAUUUUGCAACAUGGCCUCAGAAAAGCAGAGUUCAAGACAAGGCCGAGAAAAUAAACAAAAGGAUUUUUUCUGGUAAGUGAAAAACAUUUACUGAGGCUUUUGCUUUUACUUUUGUCUUCUGUUUCAACAAGAAUGAACGAGAGAAUAUGCUCCGUUUAUUUGGCGGAAAUAAAACUGUAAAGCCGGUAGUAGUCCAGUUUUAACCCUUACGUAAAAAAAAAACAAUACUGAACGGAACAAGAUACAAUUAUAGCACUGCCGUAUUUUGUGAAUUUGGCAGCUACUUAACAAGUGCCAGCUUUAACUUUUUAAGCUAAAAGAAACAUAAAGCUUAUGUUAAGAAAGUAGUAUUUAACAAGUUUCAUUUAAAUGGAAAAAUAUAAGUGAUAUCAGAUCAAUCACUUCCUCCGUUAAUGUUAUAGAUCCAUCCAUAUAACAGUUACACCGGUUAACAGUUACUCUGGGCAGAUAACCAAAAGAAUUACACAUAGAAAACGAGAGGACUUCAAUGUACGCGAUUUAAGAGAAACCUUAACUCAUUAGAAAUAGAAACAUCCUUUGGUUAUGUGGGUAUUCAUCAUUUUCUACCUAGCGAUCUUUGCAUAUUCAAAAACAGGCAUCUGUUGUAGUUUGAUCUUUCAAAGUUGGAGUUGAAAAGGGAAAUUUGUUUUUGAUACAGCUAACAGUAGUGAAACAGUGACGCCGCUCUAGCAUACGGUGUGGUUGGUUUGUCCUCUAUCUCCCGAGAGCCGUUUUUUACACUCCUUUUCUGUGGUAUACUUUGCAAAUGAGCUGUGACAACUGACAUAACACGACUUUAUUCAUAAGAAAGAAAGCGCAAAGCACAAAACUGUUUGAAAUUACUGUUGAGACUAAACCAACUAUAUUUUUCAGAUGUGAUCUAGACUGCUCAUCAUAUCCCUUAGGCGGGUUCAAUUCAACCAUUAGUUUCUAUUUUUGCGUUGUUCCCUUAAAUUUCCUUGGAUAUUUAUUUAAAAAAGAGGUCUAAAAUAGACUGAAUAUAGUACGUGCCGUUUGUAACGUGAGUAAAUCUUAUAUGCCUAAAUUUGUGGUUCUGCAAAUAUCUGUGGGUCCAUGUCAAGUAAACAAAUAUUUACGAGUAAUAUGGAGCAAGAGAGCUGCUGAUUUAGCCAUGUUGUCUAGAUUAGAUGCUUUUCCCCUGGCUAAGUUUGCUCAGCUUGACGUCAUAGCUUUUUUCAAUUUACCAUAUAUGCCACUAGCACCGCUAAUAGCCAAUUAAAAAUGACUAUUAUUAGGCCCAAUGACGUAUCCUUCUCACGCAAAUACUAACGUGAUAAAUUUUGUUGAAGUCAUCCCCUAUGUAUGCUAUUUCUAUAGUGUCAUUUAAGAGAUAAAAAUAACCUUACAACGUAUAUUCCUGUCUAAAUUUAUAGCGAUCUCAUGUGAUACACGAUAUGACAAAGUGAAAUUUAUUGACUUUUUAAAUAUUCACUUAUUUUUAUGAAUGUCAAAAUUUAUGGACUUUGAAUUUAUUCAUUUCAUCUCAUGUCAUUUGCCUAAAUUCUGUUUUGGUAGCUGAUGGCUUUCAAGGAUCGAGAGAUCACGAAGCCCUUCCCACAGUCGAUAGCAGGUGAGCACGUACAAACAAUUAGCAGUACCGAACUAUUGCUCAAAAGCAAGCAGGAUCACGUCAAACCAAGUUAGAUUACACUGCGAUAUGAAUUCUAUUGUCUGAAAUAGACCAAAACGAGCCAUUUCCAGGAAAGAAGAGCUUAAUAUAUAUUAUUUUUUAACAUUUUCGCAGGUUAAAUUUAUUUUCCUUUUGUCUUACCAUCACUAUUAUAUUAUGACAACUUUUUUUCUCAAACACGAAAUAUACAAAGUAAAAUUUGGUGCAAAAGAAAGGAGAGGGCUGAUGAAAACUAAUGUUAAACAGGUGAAGAUUCUUACGCUUUUAAAGUGCUAUUUCCCAUAUAUUUCCACCACGCUUUCUUCAAGAAAAUCAACCAAAUUUUGGAAGAGAGAGGGAAAUAGAGCUGGGGGCUGGGGUGGGGAGCACCCGAAAAAGGCAAUUCAGACUACAGACGGUGAUGAUGAGUCUGAUUUGAUCUUUAGUUAGCUGUGAUAACUGAAUAAAUUAUUGUUCAUUUAAUUUUUAUGCCUCACGUGAGUUAACACCAGAUGUAGGCUGAUUCACCAUGCAGAAUAAAUAAAGGUUUUUGGUAUUAUUAUUACAAUUAUAAGGAUGGUCACGCACUGUCUCGAAUCUUGACAAGUCUAUUUUUACAUUUCUAUUUGGUGUUGCGAAAUUCAAAUUGGCGUCAAAGACAAGCCCAGCGAAAUUCGGCGGACUUAAAAAAAUAAACUUUCAAUUUGCUUUGACUUGCCAACGACUUUCGCAAUUCGAAAGGAAUGGACUGCAAAUAAUUGACGUUGCUGGAGAUAUCUGAAUAUCGUAUCUGUUAAACAGUAGAGAGCCUGUAAAAAUGAAUCUAGAUCCACAAUUGGUUUCGGUUUCAUUACCACACAAGAGCUAAGCUGAGGAUUAUCAAACCGUAGUUUUUAAUGCGAGACGAAACUUCGCAGUUAUAAAUGAUAUAUGUGGACAUCGCAGUCUUCUUAGGUGUUCCUUAUCUGUUCUUUAGUUCUUUCUUCUUAUGUGCGAUCAUCUCUUAGCAUAACAUGAAACCCAUACAUAUGUAUUGCAGGUUAAAAGGAGAAAAGGCGAACGAAGAUGACAUUAAGGUAGGCAAAUUUGCAAAUGUCGUUCUGUUCUGUUGGUCGUUUUAAGAUAAGGCCUAGGACGUGACGAGUGGAUGAGAGAACAACAGACGUGCCCUCCUACAAUACAUUUUAACAUGUGAACAGUAAGUUCGGACGUCAGCAGUAUGUGAACAGUAAGCUCAGACGUCAGCAUUUGUCUCAGCAUCGCUCUCAGUUCAUUUGUGAGCUUCCUGUACCCACCCAACCCAUGAUGUGAAUGAUGUGAAAGUGUGAAGGCUCUUUUCGAACAGUGGUGUGGGUUCUUAAACGUCCCACAAGGAACCAGAUAAGUGUAAGUGCUGUGAGACGGGACCCUGAGUGUUGGUCCGGCCGGGGUUCGAACCCGUGACCUCCCACUCAGCAGACCGGCGCUCUGCGCGAUCUCCCAACUGAGCUAACCAGGCGGCGGUCGUAAGAAUCCACAUGAAUUUCAGUCUUUCUUGCAUCAGUAGCCACAAGCUGGAUGUAAUUGUGAAGUAUUCUUUUUUUCUGUAGAAAUCACUUCGAGAAUGGAGCAUUCCUUAUUCAGAUUUGCAGUUUGGGGAAAUUGUAGGAGUCGGUCUUAAAAGAAAAGUCUACAAGUAUGUAGUAAACAUAGAAUUAGACUCCAGCCUCUUUACGGUACGCGGUCAACUUCUUGAGACAAAGGCCAGGUUAACCAAAUGCUCGAUCCAAAUUAAAAUCCCUUUUUCUUUAUCUAAAUUGCAAGCGAUAUUUCCCUACUGAUAGUGCAAUUAUAUGGCAUUUGAAAACUAGAACAACAGAAUAAUUACUGAUGUCAGAAACAUAUUUGUUUUAACCGAAAGACAAGGGGCCUUAUGCUGGCACUAUCAUUUAUCAAGAACCUCGUUAAUCUACUCCAUUGUCCCAGCCCAUUCCCCCCUCCCCUCCCCCCCAAAAAAACUUUAAGGGAAACUUGAGAUGCUGAAAAGUAUAGCGAUACGAAUGUUACCCCUCGCUGAAUUAAACCUUAAAAAAAUUACGAAAAGUAAGAUUAGUUUAAGCUGGACGCCUUUCUAAAGGGGAAUUUGCUCUCAGGUAGCACAUUUACUAUGCGGAUAUCUUUCAAAGAUGAUUAACUGAAGAUUUCAUUGGACAGCAUAACAAUAAAGGAAAAUGUAUUGUUGCUUUUAGGGGAAGAUGGCAUGGUGAUAUCAUGAUUCAUACUUGGCAAAGAUCAACAAAGCAGGACGUAGAGGAGUUCCUGAAGGAAGUCUCCGUACUGAGCAUGAUCAGACAUGAAAACGUUGUACUUUUUAUGGGAGCUUGUUUGGAACCUCCCAACCUUGCGGUUAUAACAAGGUACGUCAAGUGCAGGCUAGAAUUUUCCCCAGAGUCCUAUCUCUCUGUGAAAGAGAGGUCCUAAUAACAAGGUCAAGUUACUUUUUUAUUUUUAUUUAAUUCGCCACCUCAUUAUAACAUAGUAAUAGAUUACAAGAAUCGUUAGAAAACUGCCUGAAAGCCCAAAGAUCGACAAAGAAACCAUGAGGUUUAUACAACGUGGGCUUUCACUAUUAAAUUACAAAAGAUUAACUUAAUUAUUUAUUUAACUGAACGGCGAAGGCAGAGUAACAAAAAUACGAAGGAGUAAGGUAUAAAAAAGAGAAAGAGAGAGAGAAAAAAAAGAAAUGAAUAAAGGAGUUGAAGGUCUCAUGACCGGGAGCAUGAGGCGGAGUGUGUUAAUCAAGCAGUGGAACUCUUCUCCUCUGCUUAAAAAAACGGAUUUUCACACAGUGAACGAGAAAGACUAGAAUCGUAUGGCUCAAGGAUACUGCAGUCAGUUAUGUCAGAAGCUCCGUGACCGAGCAUGCGCAGUCUUUUGUUUCUUCCUUCCUUCUUUUUUUUUUCACUUACAACUUGUGACUGAGCAAGCCUGUUAAUUGGUUUUUAUUGGUCAGUUAGUUAAAAGCGAUAGGAAUGCUAUUGAACGUUGUGGACGGUCAAGUUCAAAGAAGCUCGUCAAUCUCAUAACAAACAAGUAUAAAGGAUAUAUAACCAUUGCACUUUAUUAACUAUGACCAAAACCACCUUUUGAACGAUUUUAACUUCAGAGAGAUAAACAAAAGGAGUUGCAACUUCAAGUGUUUUAUAAGAAAUAUGAUGUUCAUGAGCUUUGUAAGAAAGCAAAACUUCGGGACCUGGAAAAUUAACGAUCAGUCAAUUUUAAAUAAUAAUAUCAUGUGCUUUCCUUAAAAACCAAUAUGCUUGGUAGAUUUUGCUUUAUCGAAUCACCUUUUUGUACUUUCAUUUCUUUUAGCGUCAGAAGAGGUUUGUCCCUCUAUAACCACCUUCAUGUUCGACAGGACCUGUUUUCUUUGCACUCGAAGAUCUCAAUCGCCAAGCAAAUCGCACAGGUUUGUAUCUCAGCUCUCAGCUGUUGCUAUUUUUUGUUUUGAACAUGUGAUCCCAGAUCGUGUUUUCAGACAUCGGUUGAUUAAACAAAUGGGUAACCAUAAUCCAUAAACGUUGGAUCCCAGGUUUCAAUGAGUAGCCAAGUUAAUUGUGGGCAAAGUAGGAUUAUCACUGAGAAAUAUUGGAUUUCGUAAACAAUGUCCACCCAAAAAGAGUUUCUGUAGUUUCGCAGCUAGAAUAAGUAUUAGUUCACUAGAGCAGAAUGCAAGUAUUAAAUCAGUCAGAACUGGCAAAAUUGUUUCUUUUAAAGCUUAAUCAUUUUUAGCGAUACGCGAUGAAUACUUGACGUCGUUAUAGCCAAGUACUCUUCCGUACAUGCAGUAAAUUGAUGCUUGUUUACUGUUGUUACUUCCUUAGGGCAUGAGCUACCUUCAUGCCAAAGGUAUCGUCCUUCCAGCCUUGACAACCAUGAACGUAUUCCUGGAAUCCAAAGUCAAACUUUGCGUGUCUGGUUACUGCAACAAAACAACACGAGAUGAAAGGUAAAAUAAUAAUUACUCAAGUUUUUAAUUUCUUGUCAGUACUUUCUUCUUUGUGAAAUUAAGGAGGUGCUUGUAAGCUUUGCUGAUGGUUCUUGUGAGCUCCAUAAGCAAACUUUAACACUCUGUUCCUCAACGAACCAGAGCCACCUACUAGUAACUUAUCUGAGUAUUUGGUUUUCGGAAAAAUUUUUUGCAGGGAGGGGUACGCAAGUAUAUUACAAGGCCACCUAACUUACCUUGCUCCAGAGCUGAUGCGCACGCUCAUAAGAAAUGGCAGUACACUGUCGCCGAGGGAGAGGAAUACAGAAGGGACAAACGUGUAUGCGUUCAGGUGAGGCUGUUACUCAGUGUCAUGAUUUUUUUUUGUCGGGACGGGUGGGGGGGGGGGGCUGUACUAACUAUUAAGCAAAUUGACGGCGGUGAUUUAAAAGAGAGAAGAGUUGGGUUUUUCAAAAAAAGUUAUUAUUCUCUAAAAAGAUUAUUGAUAUCCUGGAAACUUCUUCGACUCUUAAGCUGUUUAUUUACUAGGCUUGCGUCGCUAGGAUCAGCGAUUCAGUUUUAAACUACCCCAUAUGGUGAAAAAUACUGAGAUAAAGAUGAUGAAGUCUAAGCAUGAAGUAUGCGAUAUUCUCAUGCCAUCUCUUUUUAAUGUGUCAUUAAACUCGACUGCGUUUUUGAUUCCUCUGGAAUACAUUAUUCUGCAUAUUUUUAAUAUUUCUAGCCUAUGUACAGCUUCCCCUCCGAAAAAAUCGGAUUUUUUCUGAGGGGAGCGGGCGGCUGCACACAGGCUAAUUAAUAUCCACAAAGGCUAACGUAUGCCUUUUAUUCCGCUGCAGUACAAUAUUGUAUGAGAUUCUGACCGGCAAGUGGCCUUUCAGUUUUUAUCCCACUCAUUCUGUGAUAUGGAUGAUUGGCAAGGGAAAGCAACAGUGUAUCAUGCAUGUUCAAUGCCCCGAAUCUCUAAAGGUAUGUUACGCUAUGAAAUAACCUGCGAUCAGCGGCCCCAUUCUCCCCAUGUUCUUCAAAUGAUCACCUGAUCGCAUGAAGGGUCUUAACUGAAAAACAAUAUUUAGCUGGCACAUCAUAUUCUGGGGGAUUCUAUUAUUACUUCUAUUAAGUAAUAGAACUUUUAAGAAAUGAAGCUUUGAAAAGCUCUAACAAUAAAACCAUAUUACAAGAAAGAAAAGGAGGAAAGAAAGUCUUUUUCUGAAGAUACAACAUACAACGCUGCUACGUAGACAAGGAAAGUAACCUUGCAUGGCUCUCAGGUUUCAAAACCUAUUAGAUAUUUGAACUGAUUUUUUAUAUAAUAAUGCAAAAAUGUUCCUAGAUUUAUCAUUUUCCUGUUACUGUUAACCAUGAUUUCAUCACUGUUGGUCUGAUUUUUCACAUUUUUUGUAUAAGCAGCAACUUAUCAGCAAUUGUUGGAGUGAUGAACCACGUGACCGACCGGGAUUUAGCAAGAUCGCAGAGUUUUUUCAACAACAAAAUGUAAGUCGAAAUGAUUUUGAGACAGACUUCGGUCUAGAUUUCAGGGUAGGCGAGGGGUCUACUAGCAAUACACCAUUGCACCCGAAAUAGUUCAGCCGAUAUACCAAAAAAACACCCAUUUUUUAUCAUGAUAUUUAAUUUAAACCUAAUGGAAACGUAGUAUACCAUAUACCCGAAAUCAAUUAAGCCUUGGCCAACCCGAUGGUUGACUUCCAAGAUUGAGUGGGAAAGCCCUCUAUUUAACGUUUACAGACUUUUUUUAUCUGCUGCCUUGUUACUAAUAAUCAAGACUCAAUGGCCUAUUUUAGACAGUAACGGCCGGCGGCUUUGACAGUCUUCAGCGAGCGCCAGGAAGAAUAAAAAAGUCGACACUGACAAUAUAAUAUUUAAUCGAGCCAUGUUGUUUUGAGAAACGUACCGGUUGGAUAUUCGUAAGGAGUCCAUAGUCCACACUGCCGCACGAAUGAGAGUCCAUUAUCGUUCAUAAUAUCGUUUUAAUAAUGCCCAUGACUAAAAUGAUUUCUAUUAUUAUUUUUUAUCGAAUUCUAAGGUGUUUUGUUAUGCUUUUUAAUCUUCUAGUUUCCUCCUGAAGUUUCUCGCAAGAGAAUCAGUUUUUCCGAGCCCGAGAAAAUGAAUUUUGUUGGCGUUGGCAAGAUAAGUACGUCAUUGUCUAUCAAGUGAGCCGAACCGUCAGCCUUUGUAAAGGUGAAUCUACAAAAACACGACAACAUAACCUACAAACCAGUCUACAUACAGACUCUGUCAACUCAAAAGUGGAGAAUUUUCUUCAGUCUUCCCAGAUUUGUUUAGCUAGACAUGCCUGCUCAAAAACACUGUGUUUUGUGUUCUUGUUGCAGGAAUAAUACAGUACUUCAUGGAUUUGACAAAGUUUCUCAGUCCGUAAUUCUCUUUAAUGUUUGUUAUACAGCUUUUCAAUUUAAUCUGGCUCGCGGAAAAAAAGUUGGAAGGUUGAAAAUCAAUUUGCAAAACUUGUUCAGCUGAGUGUUCGUUAGUGAAUCAGCCUGUUUUGGGUUUCUGUCAUUUUCAAUAUGACCAUGACAUUAAGCAAUUCUUCGUCAAAUUCUCAGAAGUUCAGGACCGUUCGGAACGGUCCCGAACUUUUGUGGUCCCAUAAUUUUGUACUUGUUUUUAGAAACCUUUUACCAUUUUAGAUGGUAUUUUUACUCCUGACUGGACAUUAAAAAUUUGAAAUAUAACAAUCGUUGUUAAACAGCUGACUUUAAGGGUACUUACAGGUUUGAGCCUGCGGUAAACAUUCUCUUGUUUGAAAAGACAUGCAAACGAGUGAAUAACUUAUUACAAUGCAGAAUUAAACUUUUGCCUCCUUUUCAUGACCUAUUUAAACUAUUCUAUACCUUAUGGUACCCAGAUGCCACUGGUGUCUGUAGGUUUUUGUAGAUUUGGCUACGAGACUAGUCAAAUAUGUAAUACGCUUUUUAUUGCUACUUGUUCAUAGCAGACGCUUUGGAGAAUUUUGAUAAAAAUGAAAUGUUCUUAUUCCAGGGAGUAGUGUUUUAUAGUGUAUGGUGUUGCUUGGAAAUGAUGAUUUGUGAUUCAUACGCUAUAUUUUUUACUUGGGGUAUUUUAGUAGGAAAACUUAAGAAAACUAGCUAAAAAAUGCAGACCUGGUCAUGAUUUGCUUAAUCUUUACAAACUUUGUUUAGAAGACGUUUUCUUUUCCAAAAUACUUUGAUAAGAUUUAUAAACUUAUUUGAUAUUUGUUUUAGGACUGCCCUUGUUAUGGCUUCCUGUUUGUACCUUUCUAAAAAAUAUAUUUCUUCUGUUUCACUAGAAAUAACAAAAGCCAACAAAAAAAUCAUGUUUACGUUACUGCUAUAUGUUACAAGAUUACAUUUUAAAUAGCUUAAAAUUUAAAUCGUAAGAAAUAUAUUUGAAUUGAAGAUACAUGACAACAGGGAGAUUUUAAAAUUUGAUUAGCAAGACUGUAAAUAUCAUGCUUGCAGCAGGUGAGAUUAGAUCAACUAUUUUAGAAGUCGUUCAGGUCAAGAAACUUUUCACUGAGUUAACAACUAGGCUCGAUUUCCAGGCGCUGUUCGGGAAAUGAGCCUAUACUCCUCCGUUCCAGUCUCUUCGGGGAGGAACAAUACAGGACCCGAGAGAGCUGUGGAAUUCGGGCCUAGUCGACAAGAUACCUAAAAUUCCGGUUAUAACCGAGCUCUAGGCUUAUACAACUUCUUAAGGGUCCUUGAGUAGACUGUAAACGGGGGCUUAUAUCAAUCAGGCUGGGCUUGAAAGCGGCGUUAGAAAAUAUUUAGAAAUGAAACACUAGACAAGGACAUUCAGUAGCAUUUUAAAACAUUUCCAUUUACUUGCUUGAAUUCAGCCCUCUGGUGAACGUCACAAAUGAGUAAACUACGCAACUGAGAGGCAGCGAGGCCGCCUAAUUACUUUGUUAAUUUAAAAAGAGAUAAAAGUCAGGAAAAGAUAUGAGGACUGCUGAGAUUGCUAGGAAAGACAAAGGCGAUGUCCUGACUAGGCUUGAUGUAAUGACUUCUCACAAGGUCUGUCUAUGGAAAGACUUAAGAAGAAUCUAGUUAUCACACCAUAAAUCUGAGUGAUUCAAGAAUAGACUUCCGCUUCAGCCAUUUAGGCAUCACGUUAAUAAUGGAAAAAUGGAAUUUAGGAACUGGAAAGUUUAUUUUUUCAAACGCGUUAAUUAAAACAAGGGUUCUGGGUGUCUUUUCGCGGCAAGGUUUAAAGACUGUUGGUUUUGAUUCUGAUCCUUUGAGGUGCACGGGCGGAACCUGAAACGAUGUUUAAUAUUCUCCAGUUUUUGGAGAAAAGAAUCCCUGGUCAGACCUUACAUUGAUGUUGUUUGGUUUAUCCCCCGAAUCAACGGCACUGGUUGUCGUUAAGCCUCCUGUGUAUCGUGCAGGCAACGAAAGGGAGGUCUUCCUAAAAACAAGCACAACUAUUUAAGACCAGCAAGUAUUUAUUUUGAACAAUAUCUCAUCUAGGUAACUUCUAAUUAGCUAUUCUCUAACUAUCAAGGGAUUGUCAAAAAAUUGUGAAAACGCGGAUAUUUUGCUAACACAAUACAUCUUUCAUUAUCUCACGUCUGAUGAAAAAGUUCUUUUGGGAGAAUUCAAAGUUUUCGCUAACGUACUCGCCUAUAUGAGAUAAUGGCAUUUUUAGCUACCUAUAUUUAUUUAAUAUUUUGAUUUUAAGGGAAGACAUUGAUGUUUACUAUGUAAACUUUGUAAGCCAGUUAGUAGGGCAUUCAUUCCUAGUCUCGUUGCCAGAUGUCUUCUACUUCCGUUGAAACUUUCGUUUUUGCCUUUGGUGGCGCAAAAAGCAGUUCCCGCGCAAUCAGCAGUAAUUUAUCUGCUUCUCUUUGGAGUUUUUACUCCAUUAAUUUCGGUUGCGAGCGACUGGUCCCUAGCAGGAAAUUGAUCCUUAUUGAUCCUUAUACGAGUCGGGCUAAAAAUAUUCUUUCACCGGAAGUGUUGAAGAAAGCUGGAAGAAAGAGAGACUAGAUCUGAUGAUAGUAACUGAGAGAGACGUCGUUUUUGUUACAGUUUGUUUUCAGUUUUACUUGAUCACAAACAUUUGUUUAAUGCUUUAAAA